AUGUUUCAGAUCAUGAAGUCUAUCGACGAGAUCUACAAUCUACUACUAUUCGUCUGUUGUACAGUGAGCCAAAUCUACAUGGUGUUCCUGCAUCCUCAAAAAGUCCAAGAAAUCCUACAAGCUAUUUCUACCACUGAGAAUGCGCCUUACAAAAAUAUAUCUCCGAAAUCCUUAUUCUGGAUAGCGUUUUGUGUAAUCAGCAUAGAAGCUAUUGCAGUUCUAACAGCCGAUACUAUCCUUUGGACUGAUAUGGUAGGAUUCAAACUGUAUCAGUUCUACAUUUUAAGGAACGUACAGUACUAUCAGACAGAUAUGAUGCUGUUGUUAGAGAUGUGGUUGUGCAUUGAGCAGAAAUGUAGAUUCAAGCACUUGAAUGUUCAACUGGACGAUAUUUUGAAGAAAUUCAAUGUUGACGCUAAGAAAGCUUCGAAAGGCCUAAACAGCUUUCAGAUUGAGAUAGAGGUGAGAAGGAUAAAAAAGUGUCAUAAUCGCCUAUGCAACAUAACUGAGACGUUCUGUGAAGUAUUUGGAACGCUGAUAGUGCUACAAGUAAUUUUCCACAUAUGCAUCGUGAUCUCCUAUACGUUGAAUAUCAUGCACUAUUUGCUCAUAGCAUCGGGCUACGCCGUAUGGUUUGACGAUCGGAUAGCGAUAGGUAGCGCUUUAUUUCUGUUCAAUAAUACGGUAAGUAUUGGAACAAUACUAUAG